CACGUUUUUUAAUUUGAACCAAAAAAAAAUCAUGGCAUUUCUUGGAAUUCUUGAUGAAAAAAUUAAAAUCAUCGAUCAGCAUGAACAAUGUUCUUGGAUGGACAAUAAAAUAGGUGGCCAACCUAUUUUUAGUCCUGAUUUUGAUGUAACAAAAUUAAUGGAAAAUGAUCGAUUUCAAUGUACCGAAUGUUCAAAUCAUAUGGUGUUUAUAUUGCAAAUUUAUUGUCCCAUAGACGAUUCCAAUGAUGAUCGAAUUUUAUAUUUCUUUUCCUGUGUAAACAAAAAUUGUUCAAACAAACAAUGUCGAUUAUUUCGUAUUGUUACCAAAGAGAAACAAACAAUGAAAAAAAUGGAAACAAAAUUAUUCGACGAUGAUUGGGGUGAUGAUGGCCAAUCAUUGAUCAAUGAUUCAACUUUAACAGAAUCUUCAAGUGAAAGUAUCAUUACGAAAAAAUAUGAUUUUGAAAAAUAUUCACAUUUCAUUCCACAUUAUAUUUCUGUCAUAGAUGAACCAUCGAAUGAAUCGAUUGAUAAAGAAAAAUAUGAAAAAAUAGCUAAACAAAUAGUGAUUGUUGAAGAAAAUAAUUCUAUCACUGAAGAAUAUGAAAAACAUUAUCCAGAAGCAUUUAAAAAUGAUAAAGAUAAUUAUAGAUUCUAUAAACAGUUACGUAAAUGUCCAGAACAAAUAAUGCGAUAUGAAUGGUCAGGUAAACCAUUAAAACCAUCGAACAAAGCAAACAUUGAAACAUCUGAACCAUGUAAAAAUUGUGGAUCAACAAGAGUUUUUGAAGUUCAAUUGAUGCCAUCGUUGAUCAAUAUUUUAUGGAAUAACAAAAAGAAAACGAUUGAAAAUGAUGAUGAUACAUCAUUGGAUUUUGAAACAAUAUUGUUCUAUACUUGUGGUAGAAAUUGCAAUCGGACUGAUAAUAUUCAUGAAGAACAGGUAUUUGUAUUCAAAGAAAAUUGUCCAACAUUAAACGAGCAAUCGUUUGAGUUUAUUCCUGAACAAAAAAACCAAAAAACAAAAUAAAUGAUCAAAUCAAAUCAA